AUGGUCGCCCGUCUCCGCACCAACAACUCGGGUGUCCGCAACAAGCACUGGAAGGGCGCCCAGAUCAAGGAGCUCUGCCUCGACAUCAAGUUCUGGGUCGUCUUCUUCAUCGCCUUCCUCUCCAUGAUUGCCAACGGCCCCAUCUCCACCUUUGCGCCCCUCAUCAUCCGCGGCAUGGGCUUCAGCGGUCUCAAGUCUCUCCUUCUCUUCAUGCCCGCCGGUGCCUACGCCGGUACCCUCCAGCUCAUCUUCCCCUUCAUCGCCUACAAGUAUCCCAACAGCCGUGCUUACCUCGUCAUGAUUGCCCAGGCCGGAACCACCCUCGCCGCUCUCUUGCUCUGGAAGCUCCCCAUGGGCGCCACCGGCGGUCUCCUCUUCGCCAUCUACAUUCUCCCCACCAUCGGUGCUGGUUAUGCCCCCGCCGACGCUCCUCGAUAUGCCCCUGGCUUUAUCGUCGUCGUCGUCACCUCUAUCGUUGCCGGCAUUCUCGCUGGUGUCUACCGUAUCCUUUGCGUCAUGACCAACAAGAGCCGAGACAAGGCUGGUACCAUGGAGGCCUUUGACAACGCCUACGAGGAUGACUUGACUGAUGUCAAGAACCCUCAAUUCCGUUACACCUUGUAA